UUAUUUCUCCCUCCACCCAAACAUUCUCAUUUUCUCUCUCUACACUCUCACCACUUCUCUUCCAACCACAUGGAGACCCACACCGACACCACCAAACGACUUCGCCACCACUCUCACUCCGACUUAGACUCGCCCGAGUCCUCCAAGCGCCUCCGAGUUCACCCCAACUCAUCCGAGUUCGACCAACUCGCCCGAGUCAACCCGGACCUUCUCGACAUGCUCAACGACGCCGACAAUGUCACGGAGCGUGACCCCACCGUGCUUGACUCUGUCAUAAAGAGCUUCGAGGAGGAAAUACUCGCUCCGCCUCCCAACCUGUCACCCGAGCCCCAGCUUUUCAAGCCCAACCUAGGCUAUUUAUUGGAAGCCUCCGACGACGAGCUAGGCUUGCCGCCCACGGUGGCGCCGCCCGCCGAUGAGGUUGCCGAGCCCCACCCUGUCGGUUCGGGUCGGGUCGGACCCGAGGGCGUGGAUCUGACGGGGUUUUUAGGGUUUGAGGAUGAUAUUGGGAGCUACGAAGGUUUGGGGUUUGUUGGGUACGAUGAUGUUGAAAAUAACGGUGGCGGUUACGUGACGAUAGAUGGGUUGUUCGACUAUGCGGAUGUUGGCGCCGAUAUUUUGUGGCGGUCGGAAUCGUUACAGGCGAUGUAGGAAGGUUGUAUAAAGAUGUGUUAGGGCUUAGGUGGCACAGAAGAAGAUAGGUUAGAUCUGAUGCGGAGUUGUUUUAGGGUUAUGGGAUUUGUCGUUUUGGCUUAUGGUAUUGGGCUGGGACCACAAACGAAUGAACCUUCGCUGCAGACUUGUUUCUUUAAUCUUUUAUUUUCUUUAAAAUGUGAAUCUAAAAAUGUUGAAGACUAAAUUCAAAAUUAAGAUUAAAGUUAAAAUUGAAAUGGUUGUUCUGGUGAAAAUGGAGAAAAUGUCCUGAAAUCUGUUGAUACCAGAUUCAAUCUUUGUGUUUCUGGAUUGGAUUAGGCGGGUACAGUUGUGACUCGUGUCAGAUUCUAUAAUAAAAAAUUAUGUUUCCAGCCAAACGCACUAA